AUGUCGUCGGAAGAUUUUGAAUUUUUAAUAAAUGGUAUCGGCCCCAAAAUUCAAAAAAAAGAUACCAGAUUUCGAAAAGUUGUGACGGUGAAAGAACGUUUAGCGAUAACGCUACGUUUUAUAGCAAUGGGAGAUUCAUAUACAAGUCUUCAGUAUUUGUUUAAAGUGUCCAAGCAAUUAAUAUCAACAAUUGUUCCGGAAGUAUGCCAAGCGCUUGUUGAAAUUUUAAAAGAACAUAUAAAGAUGCCAUCAACGCCAAAUGAUUGGCUGGCAAUUUCACAAAAAUUUGAGGAGUUAUGCAAUUUCCCACAUUACAUAGGAGCAAUGGAUGGAAAACAUGUGGUACUGCAAGCACCUGCCCACAGUGGGAGCGAUUUUUACAAUUAUAAUCGUAAUUCAGCAUUGUUUUAUUUGCCUUAGUCGAUGCUGAUUAUAAUUUCCUAUAUGUCGAUGUAGGGUGUCAAGGUCGAAUUUCGGACGGCGGAGUUUUAAAAAAUUUCGAAUUGUCAAACAAAAUUC